AUGCUGACUGUCCCAGAUGUGGAAACGGCUGUGGAGGCGUGGAGAUUCGCCCUGGCAGGGGUUUUCCCGCUUGUGGAUUCCUGGUGCGACUUUGUGCCGCUGCACCAGCGGUAUGCGGUAUCAGAGGACACGUGGCAGCAGGUGCUGGACUUCAGCUGCACGAUUGGAGCUGACCUCAGCAUGUAUGACUCGGAUGUAUUAAUCCCGCUCCUUCGCUCCCCAACUCCCUUCUUCUUCUCCGUUCUCUCACUCUCCCCCGUCAUGGCAGGGGCGUGGCCUGUGCUGAUCGAUGAGUUUGUGGAAUGCUACUCCAGGAGGGAGCAUCUGGGCUUGUCUUGCGACGUGUGUGGCCGCCGCCCCUCGGUGCUCCUGCGCUCGCCCUCGUCCCAUGCAUUCUGCCAGCACACCCUGGGCAGUAGCAACAGCAGCCUCAGCUCAUUCAACGAGGCCCGGUGGUUAACCACCAAUGGCGGUGCCACCACAGCCACCCCGGUCUCCACCACAGCCACCACUAAUCUCACCGAUGCAGAUAUGGCAGAGGAGCCCUUAUCCUCGUUACAAGCCUCCUCAUUACAAGCCUCCUUGUCUACACCAUCCGCCUUGCUAUCAGCGCUCUCGGUACAAGCAGCUUCGAUUGGUGUCUCAGUGGCGCAGCGAAUCUCUUCAUCCCUUAGCAUUCAAGAUGGCUGGGUUCAGCUCGCGCAAUGGGAAGUGCAAGAGAUAACGGCUGACGCAGCGGUGACCCAGUAG